AUGGAUGAUACGAUCAUAGAAAGCGGACGAGUCAUCUCGAGAGAGACAACUAUUAUCUUGACAGGAACUACAACAACCACAAAAACGAAUGGUCUCUCAGCAGGAGGACGAGAAUCCCUUACGCUCUCCUCAUUCACCUCUACUACUGCUGUUUGCGCAGGAACUGGAACAGGAUCAGGUGCUGCACGAUCAGGCGGUCCCUUGCCGUCGACUCCGCGGCGGACUGAAUUGGCGGCUGCGGCUGGUUCUGGAUUGGACUCUGCUGAACGAUAUGCCAAUAUGGAUUCUGCAGCCAACAUGACCCCUGAGCUCGUUGAUGGUCACCAGGAAGAGCACAACGACCAUCACCAUUACCAUGAACAGGACCAAACACCAUUUGAGCCAUUGGUCGACAUCGAAGGCAGCCCAGAUCCAGAGCCAGUACAGCAUCGGACGUCAUGGCGGAUCCGCACUCCAGAUAUACCUCCCCCUCCUCCCCCACGCAAGUCGUCAUCGUCCUCGGAACCCUCAUCACAGAAUGGACGGCUCUCACCCCUCUCAAGGCUCUUUGAUAUGGACGAAGGCGCAGAUGGACCAGAUCGACUUUUGCAGAACAAUACAGAGAGCCGACCACGAGUAGUAUCUCGAGAUAGCCGGAAAGUCGAUUCGAGAGGGAAAUCAUCGUCCCCUUGGCGAUCGAACGGGAAGGCGUCGGGUUACAACCAAAACAACAACGACGACGACGAUGAAGAGAUUCAUAUUGAUGAUGAUGACGAGGAACAAGACUUUUAUAGGAGGGGCUACCAGACCAUCCAGGAUAACAUCUACAAGGGCGCUAAUACCGGAAACUCUCCUGUGGACGACUGCUUGCCCUGUCAGUGCAAGUUCAACCCACAUGUUGACCCACGGUGGAAGGCGUGCGGCCCCGACUGCAUCAACAGGAAUCUGCUUGUUGAGUGUAUCGAGGACGAUUGUCCAUGCGGAUCGUACUGUCUCAACAGAAGAUUCCAGAUGAGGCAAAAUGCACGGGUCGAUGUUGUUAAGACGGAAAAGAAGGGGUUCGGACUUCGGGCCAGGGAGGAUCUCCCGACUGGGUCAUUUGUGAUGGAGUACAUUGGAGAAGUACUUCCAUACGCAAACUUCGUUAAGCGCACGCGGGAGUAUUCGAAUGCUGGAGUCGAGCACUUUUACUUUAUGUCUCUGCAGUCUGACGAGGUCAUUGACGCCACCAAGAAGGGAUGUCUUGCCCGAUUCAUCAACCACUCUUGCAACCCCAACUGUCAUCUGGAAAAGUGGGUAGUAGGAUCCAAACUAAGGAUCGGUAUCUUCACCAUUAAGCCAGUCCGAAAUGGCGAGGAGCUCACCUUUGACUACCAGUUCGAGCGAUAUGGUGUUGAGGCCCAAAAGUGCUACUGUGGCUGGCCCAACUGUAAUGGAUACAUCGGAGGCAACAAGAGAACGUCAGCCAUGCGGAUGAACAGCUUCAACGAUCUGGUGGAAGACGAAGAUGCUGACGAGAUCGAACUCGACGAUGAGAUCGUGCUGACUAUACCAAAGAAGAACAAGGUUCGGGAUGGAGACUAUGAGGAUUCAUACGAGCCUAGGCGGACACAAGGUAUCGAGGACCCAGCACUAAUGGAGCGGCUGGCCAGAGUCAUGUUUAUGAAGCCCAAGGUCCAAAAAAGCAAGCGUCUCCUCGCCAAACUGAUGGCAACCACAGAACGUGCGUGUUUGCGCCGGUUCCUAGUGCUGCAUGGGCUGGUCAUCUUGAAGUCCUGGCUCAGACAUUUCAAGGACGAGGAGGACAUUGUGAUGGGAAUCAUGUUUGUGUUGCCCAGGAUCCCCUUGCUCUCCAGAAACUCCAUCGAGGAUUCUCAGAUCGAGGAAGCUGUCCAGGAAGUUGCCGAAGGUCCCGAGUCUCCGUCCAAGGGCAUGGCACAAGCUGUCCUUGCAGAAUGGAAGGAGCUCAAGUCCACCUACCGUAUCCCCAAAGCCAAGAAAACGCCCGUGGCUACACCUACUGAGGCUGUCAGCACACCUAAUUCUGAUUCUAUUGGAAUCUUUUCGCCCACAGAGAGGGACAUUGGCACCAACUCACCAGUGGAUGUGGCUUCGAACUUGGGGAAGCGACUGUCUCGCUUUGAUGAAUCCGACGCGGUCUUUGGCGGUGCAGGUGCAGAGAAGAGGAGUCGGUUCGAUGAGCAUCCAAAUCAAACAACAGUGCCGACCUAUGACGCAGGAUCGACACCGACACAGUACAUGACGGACUUCAACCAACAACCACAGGAGCAUGAGCAGGCCUCCAACCCGGUUGCCCUUGGGCCUAACGACACCUUUGCUAGUGCAGAGACAUACGGAGGAGAUCACCAUGAUCUGGAGUAUGAACGACGAGAGUACUACCGGCAGGCAGAGUACAGGAAGGAGGGGUACUAUGAUCGGCCACACGGCCCAAGCUACCCUCGCUCAGAGUCGUAUGGCAGCUCAGGAAACUACGAGCCGACUCAAGGACGAGCCCAGGAAAGCGAGCGUUACGAACCCUACCGAGUUGAUCGGGAUCGCGACCGUGACCGUGAACGUGACCGAGAGCGCGAGCGCGAGCGUGAGAGAUACCGAGACUAUUACUAUGAGGACUAUGAGCGUGAUCGCGAGCGCGAAGGCAGAGGUCUCCCACGUCGGGACCGACGGGACAAAGCACCAAGACAGCCCAUUGCGUUUGACUUACGAGGACGUGAGCCAAGGCAGCGUUCUCCUCCAGCUGCAACUGUCACUGAUGGCAGCGCUGCGCAGCCGGUCGCACAACCAGUCGUAGAGGCCGAUUCCGUCCCUGCUGCUCAACUGGAUCUGAAUGAGGUAACCACACCAGAGCCAGCCGUGACCGCAAUAGCCGCGCCAUCUGACGAGCCUCUUCAGAGAACUACAGAGGCAACCGUCGAAACGGCAGCACAACCAAACCAGGCGGUCUCUGUUGCGGAAGAUGUUGCCCAGUCUACGACCAAGGAUUCGGAACCACAAAUUUCAGGACCAAACGACUAUGAUCGGCCUAUCCGUGCGCGCGAUUACGACGAUGAUGAGGACCGUUACUCGCGCCGUCAUUCCUCAAGCAGCCACCAUUACCCACCCUCCCGUCGGUACUCCCCUUCCCAGUUCCCUCAUCCCCGCUACUUUGCCAGACACCCGCCAUCAUACAGGAGUUCGAACAGACAUUCUGGACCUUCUGCAAGUGCACUACCUGGUUUGCCUCCUCACUGGCGGAAGGCAUCGGAUACUGAGGGUCGGAUCUAUUACUACAACGAGAUCAGCCGGGAGACUCAAUGGGAUGCACCAAAAAUGGAACCUGUUGAGACACCGCCUCCUCCACCACCACCUGCCCCGCCUGUCCACCCGUAUUAUCAGGAGGCUGGACCUAUCCCUCCUACGCAGCCAAUGUCGAUGCCAAUGUACUCGACAGCUGGACCCUCAAGCGCCAGGACUCCCGUGGAGCAGACCCCAUUCGCCUUCACCUCUCCUAUCCCACAACCUUCAACCAGCAGGAGCGCCUCCAAGAAGGGCAUGUCAGAGAAGGACCUCAAGGCUGCUAUCUCUGCUACCGUUGUCAAGAAUCUGGCAAAGUACAAAAUCAAGUUGGGAUCGACUGAGGCUUUCAAAAAGCAUGCACGAAGGAUGACCCACUUGAUUGCGGACAAGGAGAUGAGGUACAAGGCGUUCCGGUCGGGCCAGUUGAGCGAGAUCAGCACAUCGAUGAAGACCAAGAUCCACAAGUUUGUCAAAGACUACAUGGCAAAGUUGUUCAAGAAGCAGCCGCUGGAGGAUCAACGAUCUCGGUCGUCGAUUGUGGAGCUGGUCUAUGGCAAGAAAUCGGCGGACCCUCAUACGAUUUUCCAUGGAACCGAUACAACGGUGAUCCCACCUGUAGUCGCUGCGGCGAUUGGGCUGCAACUUGGAGGGACCGGUAGGUCCUCUAUGGCGACUGCCAGCAGUACUGUUUCUGGAUCGUCGUCUUCAUUUUCGCUAGCAACAACAACAACGGCGGCAGGCAAGGCUGCGGGAUCGGGACAACCAGGUGGUUUGAACUAUGGAAAUGUGGAUGUGGACGAUGAGGAGGAUGUCAAGUAUGGCGACGAUGAUGAAGACGACGAUGUGGAUGAUGAUGAUGUGGUAGGUCUUGGAAGAGAUAGAGAUGAGGAUGACGACGACGAAGGUGGCAUUGCCGCCGUGCCCUCUGUAUCUGUUUAA